GUUAUUGUAAGAAAGCAGCUGUUAGAGAAAAAAAGAGGUCAAGAUGGCGAUCCCUGUCAACAAAAAUUAAAUGUUUCGGUGAAUUCUCUGGAAUAUUCCCACUUGAAGGCAACGUUUACUGAAUAUAAUUAUGUCUACUAAACCAUAGUAUACCAAGCUUACGAAAUGUGGCAUAACAGGUUAAUUAGAACCAUUGGAAAUGUCCAAAACUGUCAAAAUAUCUUGCAAGUGUCCGUGUAUGGACACUUCUCAAGGAGAAAUUUAUUCCAAAAUGGGGAUCAGUCAGCAUUUAACCCAAAAACAGCUGCAGUUGUGACAAAAAUGACUCGAUACGAAUACGAGAAGAAGUUUUUCAAGGGCACUGAGGAUGAACUGAAACAAUAUUUAUAUUCCAAAGGCUCAGACUAUAAUAUUCUAUUGAUGAGGUACAGAACCCACCAGAACUCCCUCAACUCUAUCGUCAAUGCACUACAGAAAAAGAAUAUUGAGACUCGAGUAUUGACAAGGUUUGACUACACACAGGAUCUCAUAGACUCUGGUUGGCCAGAUGUUGUAUUUACAGCUGGUGGUGAUGGUACAUAUCUCCUAGCUGCCAGCAAGGUCACCAACCAAGAUAUACCUGUCAUUGGAGUCAAUUCUGACCCAGCAAGAUCAGAGGGCUACCUGUGUAUACCGAAGCAACUUUCUACUAACUUUAGUCAUGCAUUGGAUCGACUUCUGGAUGGAAAGUUCAGGUGGAAGAGGAGACAAAGAAUUAGGGUCACAAUGUCAGGGAAACACAUGGAUGAUGAUCCAGUGGAGCUGCAUGACUCUCAACUCAAAGCUUUAGAACUGAGGAGUGUAGAACAUGUGAAAGAAAAUGAAGUGAUCUGUCAACCCUCUAAACAAGUCGAGAAGAAGCCCUCCAGAAUCCUGCCCCAUCUUGCCCUCAAUGAAGUUUUCAUAGGAGAGACUAACUCUGCAAGGGUAUCGUACUAUGAGAUCAGCAUAGAUGGGUCACCUAGUGUCAAACAGAAGAGCUCUGGUAUUACUGUAUGUACAGGAACAGGUUCCAGCUCCUGGCACUUUCACAUCAAUCAUAUCACCAAAGAGGAUAUCAAGAAAAUAUUAAGAAUUGCAAAUGAAAUCAGUGACUGUAAAUUGCCAAAGGAUGUUGAGUUACUCUCUCGUAAACUGACUCGCCGAUUCAACUGUUCAUUAAAGUUCCCCCCUGAAGAACAUAAAAUGGCGUACACAGUCAGAGAUCCAGUCAUCAAUGGUAUAUUUCAAGUGACAAAGGCGAGAGGGUUCGUCAACAAGAUGGAGGUAAAGUCCAGACUUUGGGACGCUUGUCUCGUACUUGAUGGCAGCUCAUCAUUCAGCUUCAACGAUGGCGCAAUUGCAACUUUAGAGAUGCGAGAAGAAGAUGCAUUAAGAACUGUAGAUCUAGAGUAAUGAAUAUACAAAAGAGUGCAUUGAUUGGAUUAUCAUUUUCAUAUCUGUAGACUAGGGGCCUCUGUUAAGAAUUUUCUAUAUGCUCAGAGUUGAACAAUGGAGUUGUCAUGUCACCAU